AUCGAUAUCUACACACUUUCAGGUUCACAGGCUAUAAAAUAAAUGCUUCGUCAUAGUUUGAACAAACUUCUCGACUCUCCGGGCUGUUUGUUCUGUUCUUCUCUCCCUCAACGAUGGCACAGCAGCACCUUCAGCCCUGGGACUGGGAGUCGCCUAUGAAUUUCCACUAUCAGUAUCAGCGUCUCUGCCGUGGUGAGGAGCUCAGGGAGUUCAUGUUCGAAAAGCCUCUGACGCCGAGCGACGUUGGCAAACUCAACAGGCUGGUCAUCCCGAAGCAGCACGCGGAGAAGUACUUCCCCCUGGACGAAGCCUCCGGCGAGAAAGGCCUUCUGCUUAGCUUCGAAGACGAGUUGGGGAAGGUGUGGCAGUUCCGGUACUCCUACUGGACCAGUAGCCAGAGCUACGUGCUCACCAAGGGAUGGAGCCGCUUCGUUAAGGAAAAGAGGUUGGACGCCGGCGAUGUCGUCCUCUUCGAGCGUCCACGGUUCGACGGCGAGCGUCUCUACAUCGGAUGCAGGCAUCGGGGGGCGCCGCCGGCGGCGGCCGCGGCCGCGGUGCCGUGGAACACACCCUACUACGCGUCGAGUAGCUCGGUGCACCAAGACUCUUCCUUUCAUGCAGGAGAGCAAAGGGCUGAAAUCGUAGCGGACAAGAGCACUGAGACGACAGCGGCACCGGCGAACUCAAAGAGGUUGAGGCUGUUCGGUGUAAAUUUAGAUUACACUUGUUAAUUAGUUGUUCCUAAUUAAUUCCGGUGAGUUAAGUUGAAGGAAGUGGAUCUAGCUAGGAGGAGAGGGAGGAAAUCCACGCCCCUCUCAAAAAUGACAUUUUGAUUGUCAAAAAGGAGAAGGAAGAAGAGAUCCCUGGUUUACUUUUACGGGCAAUCUCUGCUUUAAUUUCAUUUCUUUUUGUGUACAUGAAGUUUCAAGAUCCAUCAGAUUGGAAGGAAAAAAAAAACAGAGAUGGGCGGCACUGACUCUCACGCUCUCGUUAAUUUGUAUC